CCCACAUAUAUCAGUUAUGAAGACUUGUUAAAUCUAACAAGGUAUUAGGUGGGAGAGGAAAAACAACUGAACUACAUGUGAAGCAACUAGAACAUACAGAUUUUCAGUAAUACUCACAUAGCCAAUUUUGCAGGAGGAAGCGGCUGAAAGUGUCUCCAUAGAUGGACAGCUUGGGUAUUAACAUGACGGGAGAUUCUGCAGGAACACAGUACUGCUUCCCACACCUGGAAAGAUCCUGCCCACAAAGUCAAACAUUCAUCAUUAUCAAAGCGGCCAUGUACAUGUUUAUGGCUUUCAGCAUUCUUAUGACUGUCUGUGGGAACCUGCUGGUCAUCAUCUCCAUCUCUCAUUUCAAACAGCUCCAUUCUCCAACAAACCUCCUCGUCCUCUCUUUAGCAUGCAUCGACUGGUUCUUGGGGGCUGUCAUUAUGCCGGGUAGCAUGAUAAGAACUGUGGAAAACUGUUGGUAUUACGGUGAAGCCGCAUGCAUAAUCUUCUCAAGUUUUGACAUGAUGAUGUCCAUUGCUUCCAUUUUACAUCUAUGUCUAAUUUCUGUUGACAGGUAUUGUGCCAUAUGUAAGCCUUUCUGGUACAGAAGCUCAGUAACCAUGCAAAAGGUGGCCUGUGUUAUUGUCAUCAUCUGGACUUUUUCUUUUGGAUUUGGUUUUGGGGUCUUUCUCUCAAACUUUCCAUUAGCUGACCUGGAGGAGUUUGUCAUGGCGAGCCCGUGUGUAGGGAACUGCGUUUUGGUUAUCAAAGGAGAAUGGGGAGUCGGAUCAGCUGUAUUGUCCUUUUUUGUUCCAGGAAUAGUAAUGACAUCGCUCUAUCUAAAGAUUUUCUAUGUUGCAAGAAGCCACGCAAGAAAGAUAAAUGACAGCUUAGCACUGACAGGAGCAGUAUAUAACCACAAAGACCAUAUGUCUGAACAAAGAGAGAAAAAGGCUGCAAAGACACUUGGCAUUGUCAUGGGAGUCUUUCUGUUGUGCUGGCUACCAUUUUUUCUCACAGUUAUUAUUGAAACACUCCAUCAUUUUCCUAAUAUUUUUUUUGUAUUAGACCUUCUCCUGUGGUUGGGGUAUUUAAAUUCUACAUGUAACCCUCUCAUUUAUGGAUUUUUCUAUUCCUGGUUCCAGACUGUGUUUAAAAUGAUUAUAUCAGGAAAAGUUUUUCACAGUGGUUCUUCAUCAUUCAAUAUUGGUACAGAUCAUUUUAAAUAAAGUGGCUCACACUGAAAAAAUGAAUCAUUUUAAUAUGGAUGACAAAGGAGCAAAUACAACUAUAAUGAAGCUAAAAGUUAACUCCCUUGCUCUUUAAUGAGCUUGAUGACACCCUCAGAAUAAA